GCCUACUUUCGUAUUAGAAACGUGAAGUACAUGUGGGUUUUAACACGGGUUUCACUAGCUACCAAGGGACGAAAUGAAGAGAAAGGGUGACAUACUUCUGCAAUCAGAACCGUUUGUAUAUGUUUUAUCACAUAAGGAGAGAGGCAGGAGAUGUGAUUCGUGUUUCGAAAGUGGUGAGGAUCUCAAGAGGUGUACAGUGUGUAAGGUAGUGCGGUAUUGUAAUUCAGCAUGCCAGAAAGCAGACUGGACAUCACACAGAGGGGAAUGCCCUUGUCUGAAGAGAGUUUUCCCUGAUGUUCCCCUGGACAGUGUGCGUCUAAUGUUGAAACUCAUUCUCAAACAAAAGGCAGGUGACAAUGGAGAAUCUGUAAAAAAAGAUAUUGGCUGGAGAAAAUUUUCUGAUUUCUUAUCACACUCCAGUAAGAUCAAGUCUGAUCAGCAGAGAGUGGAACAACUAUCUAGGAUUGUUUUUACCUUGGGGAAACUACUCGGAGACUCCAACCUUCCUCCUGCGAACGAGUUAUUGGAAAUAUUUGGAAAGAUGGUGAUCAACAGCUUCACCGUAUGUGAUGGAGAAAUGCAGUCCAUUGGUGUUGCCAUCUACCUUAGUCCAUCUUUGUUGGAUCACAGUUGUGAGCCUAAUGCUGUUGUCACAUUCCAAGGCACCAGACUGACAGUGAGGGCCACUAAAGACAUACAGGAGCCAUCCCCAGCCAAUAUUUCUAUAAGCUAUUUGGACCAGCUGGCAACAAUAGCAGAGAGGCAGAAACAGCUGCAGGAGCAGUAUUACUUUAGCUGUCAGUGUAACAGAUGUCAGGACAAUGGUCUGGAUGGUGAGAUGUUAAGCGUGAGAUGUCAAAGUGGGUGUUGUCGGGGAUACCACCAAAGACAGGAAGAUGACAGUUUUGGAAAUUGUAAUGAUUGCAGUUACCAAGGCAACAAAAUCAGGAAAGAAGAAGUAGACAGAUUUUGUGUGGCAUGCCAAGAAAGUUUGAGGAAAAUUAAGGAAGACAGUAAAAAUGAUCCCUUGAAGGUAUUACAGUUAUGUAAGCAAUGUGAAGAAGAACAGAAACAGUUUUUCACUGACCAUAAUGUCCACUGUGUCCAUCUGCUGGUGAAGGCUUUUGAUGCAGGAAUAGAAAGUGGACAGUGGGAGACUGCACUUAAGUAUGGCACACGUGUUCAGGAAUCUUACAGAAAGUUUUACCCUCCCAACAGUCCCCAUGUUGGAAUAGAGCUAAUGAAGGUUGGGAAGAUUCAGUUAUACUUGGAGCAAUGUCAGCAAGCUUUGAUUACCCUACAACAGGCAGAGACAAUCUUAUCCAUUACCCAUGGCAGAUCUCAGCCUCUCUAUGAAGACUUGAGUGACCUCAUACACCGAUGUACUGAGGAAAUGAGGGUCAAGAUGCAGUUUUCUAUACAAGAUUAGAACUUAUGACUAUAGAAUUGUUGUAUGUGGGAAUAUUGUUCAAAAUUUUCGGACAAUUUCAUCAAAAUAACACUUGCAUGUUCACAACAAGCUUGAAAACACAAAAGCAAUUAUACUUAAUGAAGAAAACAAAACUUUACCUGCAUUUUUGUUAUGGUUUUUUUCAAAUA